UUGAUAGACAAAACAGAUGUACCUUUCAAUGCAAUUGUUGGAGUGCCAUACGCUGCAUUACCUUACGCAACUGUGGGUUUUUGCGUUUUACUUCGCAUAUAUCUGUCUCCUUUACACUUUUGUACUCUACAGUUGGUAGCCCAAAGUUCUGCCAAACCUCUGAUGAUCAUUCGGAAGGAGGCGAAAUCUUAUGGGACAAAGAAAUUGAUUGAAGGUCUCUAUAGUAGAGGUGACAAGGUGGUAAUCAUUGAAGAUGUGGUUACAACGGGAGGAAGUAUCCAAGAUGUUGUAAAUGUUCUACGAGAUGAGGAACUAGUAGUGGAACAUGUUUUUUGCUUACUUGACAGAGAACAAGGAGGUGCAGAAAAGCUUAAAGAACAUGGAAUUACUUUGCACUGGUGAGA